GACAUAUGCAACUGACUGAUGAGCGUCUGACUUACAUCCCUGACGUCAAAAAUUCGCGUAAACAAAAUAUAAUCAUUAAAAAUCAACUUAAAGUACUUAAAAAGUGGGCUCAAUUAAUUUAUAACGCGAUAAACAAGUGGCCAACAUCAUCCUGUCAAAGUUCACUCGAAAAAUGCGUUUGGUGAAAGAUUAGCUUUCAAGGAUGUGCAAAACUCUUCCCCGUUGAGUUUUUCCACACUGUCUGGCAAUUUUAAAAUAAAGAACCGUAGGUAAUUGAUGAACAAAAUGUCCACUCCGUGGGAACCAGCCUCGGCCUUGCAGAACACCGCUCAGUUUUUAAGGAAUCAAAAUAUGGGGGCUCCAUUUAUAUCUGGCCGAGCUCCAGUGCUACCACCGCGGCCUUUGCCCCCCGGAAGCAACAGUUACUCAUUGCCGUAUGGAUUGUCGUCGUAUAACUCGCCCUAUGGUUCAUUUGGCGGCUAUGGCGCUUCUCCAUAUAGAGGGGCUCUUUAUGGGUCAAGCUAUGGAGCUGGAUAUAGCAACUACAACAGCAUGUACCAGAAUCCAGAUUAUUCCGGAGAUGACCAUGAAAGACGCUUUAUUCAAUACGCUGAAGAAAACUCACGACAGACUUUUGCCAGUGUGGAAAAUGUAGUGCGCGCCUUUAACAGCCUGGCCAUGAUGUUGGACAAUACAUUUUUUGCGAUGACCAGUUCAUUUCGUGCAAUUCUAGGAGUGGCUGAGAACUUUGGAAGACUAAGAUCAAUGUUCGGCCACAUUUGGUACUCAGUAAAUGUCUUCAGGUUCAUUACAUGGAUGUACAGGAAAUUGAGGCUAAUGUUGGGCCUGAAGGCGCCCAAAAGUGCCUCGUCUCUGGCGUGGAAAGAGGCUGGGUAUGGGGCAGGUAGUGCAGCUGCAAGCCCUCCACCUUCAGGUUCAAGUUGGCCUACUUUAGCUUUUCUGGGUGUUAUUGUUUCGGCCCCAUAUUUGAUCAGCAGAUUUUUGCCGAAAUACGAAGACAAGCUUGACCCAGCUAAUUGGAAAUCGCCAGGAAUUAAAGCUAAGGCUUGCUUUGACUUUGUGGCCACGUCUCCUAAUGAGCUCACCAUUCACACGAACGACAACAUUCUUUUGGCACCCACUCAUAUUCAAGAGGAAAUGAAUUUGAAGAACUCUGGAUGGGCGUAUGGCGUGCACAAUGGAAAGUCUGGAAUGAUUCCAUUGAACUAUAUUGUUAUCAGUAAGAACAAUAAGGCAGUGCCUGAGACCGUUCCGAUACCACGAAUCAGCAACAUAAAAGACGCUAACGGGCCAGUAAAGACACAUUCCAAACGCGUGAGUUUUGGGGAUAUCGAAAUAUUUGAAAAUGACGAAAACCUAAUUAGGAAGGAGAAAUUGCCAGAUGAAAGCGCCGAUUCGUGUUCUACAGAAAAACCGGGUGCGGUGUAAAUAUUUAAGAAUUUCCCUGUUUUUAAUCAAAAAUUGGUGCAUGUUAACAAUGUGAUUAGUUUCUUUAGGUAUUUAGGCCAGAAACAUUAAUAUAUACUUGCUGAUAAACACGCAUUUAAAACAGAAUGCAUAAUGUUAUUAGCUUUACAUGCUGUAAUCUGUUCAAAGACUGUGCUAGAUUUGUAUGUUUUUGUAUAAUGGGCGGUUUUGCUAACUUUAAGGGUGACUCGGCUAUGCAGGAGUAGGUUUUGUAAAUAAAAUUGUAUUAUUAAAGUUUUUUUACAUGUU